CAAGGGCUUAGAUCACGUCAGCGACAACACUCUUUGUCAAGUAGCUUCAAGUAACUUUUUAUUAACUUGUGAGCCUCAAAAAAAGAUGAAGCUGCAACUUUUGAUCUUUAUUGUUUUGAGGUAUUUGGUUCUAACCACUCAAGAGGAUUAUGAAAAAGAGUUCUCAACAGAGAUGUAUGACCUUGAUAAUAUUACAUAUUCUGAGGAUGAGCUUGGAUCUAGUCCUUGCAGGGCAAGUUUGCCGGACUCUUGGAACAUGGGUCUGAUGAUCACCUUCAUCAUCGUGUUUGUCUUCAGCAUGGUAGGCAACAGCAUUGUUGUCUAUGUGGUUUGUUACAUGAAGAACAGUAGAGCAACCACAGAUAUCUACCUAAUGCACCUGGCGGUGGCAGACCUUCUCUUCAGUGUCACGCUCCCAUUCUGGGCCGUCGACGCUUAUACUGGUUGGAUCUUUGGAAACUUCUUGUGCAAAGUCCUGUCAGGCUUUCAGGAAGCAUCAGUGUACUGCAGUGUGUUCCUGCUUGCAUGCAUCAGUGUGGACCGUCACUUUGCCAUUGUGCGAGCUACACGUAUCCUGUCUUCCCGUCACCUGUUGGUAAAAGUGGUGUGCUUUGUGGUGUGGGUGAUGGCUGGACUGUUAUCCUUACCCGUGACAAUUCAGAAGGAGAGCUUCAAUGCUGCAGACCUGGGGCAGAGCAUUUGCUAUGAAAACCUAACUGGUGAAAGCAGUGACCAGUGGCGUGUUGGCGUCCGUGUUCUGCGUCAUACGGUGGGCUUUUUCCUGCCACUCCUGGUGAUGGCUGUCUGCUACGGCUGGACCUUGGUGACGCUGUUUCACACACGUAAUCAACAAAAGCAUAAGGCCAUACGUGUCAUCCUGGCAGUGGUGGUAGCAUUCAUUGUGUGCUGGCUGCCUUAUAACAUAUCUGUGCUGAUUGAUACGCUCACACGAGGUGGAACACUUCAAGUGAAGACAUGUGAAACUCGCUACAGAUUGGAAGUGAUUCUAAAUGUGACCCAAUUGAUGGCCUUCAUGCACUGUGCAGUGAAUCCAGUGCUGUACGCCUUCAUUGGUGAGAAGUUCCGUAACCAGCUACUCUUAGCUCUUUACAAACACGGCCUCAUCAGCAAACAGGUCUGGAUGGCUUUCAGGAGGGGCUCUGUCAACAGUGUAAUGAGCACCAGAUCUAGAAACACCUCUGCUACUAUGUGAAUAACUCCUGAAGGAUUAUUCAAUUACAAGUUUGGGUGGUGGACAUAUUCAUUCACCCUUUCAAUUGGCCAAAUAAACAAAGUGUUAAUUAUGUUAAUGUUAAUAAUACAGACCCAACAACCAAGUGGUCUAAUCUGAUAUUACAGUAGACCACAUGUAGGGUUAGAGGAUUAGAUGAGAUGAUAAGUUAAGUUAAGAUAGCAAGCUGCUGGCUUCAAUCUUAUAUUUAACAGGUCAGUGACACUUUUUCAAAUAACUAAAUUGAACAAGCCUGUUUCUGAAAAUGUGAAGUUAUUCCUUCGUGAUCUGAUGUUAUUAACCAUUGGGCAAUGUUGUACGAUGCAGGGUGUCAUCCUCUAAUGGUUAAUUACCAUACUAAUAAUAUCAAGGAUGUACAUGGUUCACAUGGCUAGUACUAAUGUUAAAUUUGGGUGGUCGCUUCAAAAGCUGAACGUCUGAUUUUUAGAUCCUGUUAAGAGGUGUCAGCCUCAAAAAUAUAAACCAGUUGUUGAAAAUGUGGCUCACCAUCAGAGUAAUUAGAGGGAAAGCUGCCUGCACAGCCAUUGCCGGCCAUGCUUACAACAGUGGAAAAAAGAAAACAGAAAAAAAUAUCUAACAAUCAGAUAUCUUGAUCUCUCAAAAAGGAAGUGGUGAAAUCAGCUCUCUGUUUUUCUUUCUUUCUGUUUUCUCUCUUUAAACAGCAUGCUUUGUGGUAAAGGCCUUCCUCUUAAAUGUUAUAUUUUUGCAGAUGACAACUGGCUAUAAUACAUAUAAUCCAUAUAAGUCACCUAUUUGCAGGUGACUUAUAUAUGCAUCUUAGGCAUUGUAUCUGGGUUUUGGAGUUUUGUGUGGUUGGCUUUGUGCAUUACAUGGAAGAGAAAAGGGAAGAAUGUCACUUCCUGUGAAAUUGAGCAGCAGUCAUUGUUGCAAAAGAAAAUGGUACAUGGUUUUACAUUGUCUGACCAUAUUAAGUCUUUAUACUCAGCUGUUCUUGCAAAACUAAUGUGAAAAAGCCAGAUGCACAGUUGUUUUAAAUAUUAGUUUGAAGACAUAUAACCCAACACGUGUGUUUUUGUGUUUGCUUUUCUAUGACGUACCGCUCUCACAUAUUUUACUUCUUCACCUCAAGCUGAUGUUUUUUACUAAUACUCUUUAGGUAUAUCUGCACUGUCGUUGAAAUAAAUCCUUAAAACCUA